UAUCUUUUGGUUGGAGGCAGGGGCGGACUGACCAUUUGGAAACUCGGGCACUGCCUGAGGGCCCGGGGUCAGUAGGGGGCCCCAUGAAAUGCCCCCCUGGUACCUUUUUCAUAGGCUUCUUUGAGUUUGGGCAAGGACACAGGGGCCCCAUGAUCUCCUAUUGCCCCGGGGGCCCCAUGAGUUGUCAGUCCGCCCCUGGUUGGAGGUUACUUGCCCUUUUAUCGGGGGGUGAUUUGGAGGUCCAUUUUCUUUAGUUUUUAUGGGUAUGUAGGGGGCCCCAUGAGAUGCCCCUGGUACCUUUUUUAUAGGCUUUUUUGAGUUUGGGCAAGGACACAGGGGCCCCAUGAUCCUAUAUUGCCCGGGGGCCCCAU